CGCAUUACAUCGUUGCUAUAGCUACAACUCAAGCGUCUUUACCAAACCUCCACACUGGUUGCAGAGUUCCACAGUUGUCACACAGUCGUCAAAAUGAUUCCACCAAACGCUUCUCUCGUAAAAUAUGACAACCCUGUGCUUGUCAGCAGAAAUACCGACAAGAAAACUCCACGGGCACGAGCACUGAAGGUGAGUCCUACCCCUCCUACAGGCACAGGGCCUGUGCCAAACCCUCCUGCCAAACAGAAACUUGCACCAGUUGAUGCCAAGGCUGCACAGCAGACAGAUGAAAUUCUCAAUAGUAUUCUUCCACCUAGGGAAUGGACAGAGAGUGGUCAGCUGUGGGUUCAACAAGUGUCCAGCACUCCAGCCACUCGCCUGGAUGUGGUCAACUUGCAGGAAGAACUGGACAGACGGCUUCAGCAAAGACAAGCCCGGGAGACUGGCAUCUGUCCGGUCCGGAGGGAGCUCUACUCACAGUGUUUUGAUGAAUUGAUACGUCAAGUAACCAUCAACUGUGCUGAGCGUGGCCUACUGUUACUGCGUGUGAGAGAUGAGAUCCGCAUGACCAUUGCAGCAUAUCAGACACUGUAUGAGAGUAGUGUAGCCUUCGGCAUGCGCAAGGCACUGCAGGCUGAACAGGGCAAAGCUGACAUGGAGAAAAAGAUCACAGAUCUAGAGCAGGAGAAACGUGACCUUGAGCGCAACGUUAAUGAGCUGAAGGCCAAGUGUGAGCAGAUUGAGAAGCGAGCAGCUGAGCAGAGGCAGGUGGAGGAGAAGAAGCACACCGAGGAGAUCCAGUUCCUCAAGAGGACAAACCAGCAGCUGAAGACUCAACUGGAAGGAAUCAUCGCCCCAAAGAAAUAAAAUCCCAAACAAACCAUUUUAUCUGCAUCCAAGUGUACAUAUAUAAGUCUGAGAAUCUAUAUGGUAUAUAUAGCAAUAAGUGUAUGGUGUCUCCAGUGUAUGUGAAGGGAGGAUUCAACACCAAGUACCAACAUUUGUAAAUAUGAACAUAUUUAUUGCUUGUCGGUACUGUUGAUACAGCUGUGAUAGUGUGUUGAACGUGAUGGGAAAUGUCCCGAGAACUAAGAAUAUGUCAUUGUAAAUAAAUAUAUUCUUCUGACUUUCAUCUUGCAUUUCCAGAAAGGUAUUUGGUUUUAUUAGAGAUGAUUAACCUUUUUGAUUUCGUGUACAAAAUGACCUAUACAGAACAUGAUGACCUUAGUAUUUGUGGACCAAGUUGUUAAUGUUUUCUGUCACUUUUGAAACUUUUUUGUUCAGAUGGCAGCUUCCAUGUUCCAUCCUGCAUUAUUUUCAGCAUUACAAUUCUUGGUAUCAAGACCGAUAUCUCCUGAUUAUGUAAAUGAGUUUGUGCUUGUUUUUCAGCCAUGGAAUAUUUGUCAGUCAAAUGUUUUGCCUUCACUCCGAGUGCAUGUUACUGACAUGUCACUAUCACAGUUUUUUUUUCAUUUUUCAGAGUGAAAUCAAUUCUUAACUCAAUAAUUGAAUUGUGUUACAUCUGUGUGUAAAAUUGUCACUUGGUCAUUUCAAAUUUUUUUUAUGGACAGUUUGUCAUAUCAUUGGUUAAAUCAAAACAUCACUGAAUAAAGUUUAUUAAUACCAUUA